AUGCCUGAACCAGCGAAGUCCGCACCGAAGAAAGGAUCCAAGAAGGCCGUCACUAAGACCGCCGCUAAAGGAGGAAAGAAGCGUAAGAGGACCAGGAAGGAGAGUUACGCUAUCUACGUGUACAAAGUCCUGAAGCAGGUUCAUCCUGACACCGGUAUCUCCUCCAAGGCGAUGGGAAUCAUGAACUCCUUCGUCAACGACAUCUUCGAGCGCAUCGCCGGUGAGUCAUCUCGUCUCGCUCACUACAACAAGCGCUCCACCAUCACCUCGAGAGAGAUCCAGACCGCCGUGCGGCUGCUGCUGCCCGGUGAACUGGCCAAACACGCCGUGUCUGAGGGCACAAAGGCCGUCACCAAGUACACCAGCUCCAAGUAA